AUGUUUUGCUUGCCAUUCGCAAGAGCCAAGGCUGAUCAGAACCCUAGUUCUCCCCUUCGCGACAACCCCUCGUCCGCAAACCGAGGGGCGCCUCCUCGAUUCAGCCGCAAGCGUUCUCGUACCGGUGGUGAUGGAAAUGGCUCAUCUAUCGGCAUCAGCUCCAGUCCUAUGCCGUCGUCGCCCCCGGGUCCCGAAGACUUUAGCAUUGCCCACGGCGGAGACGACGAAGAUAACAUUGACGAAGAGCCCGAGAUUCAGGACGACCUGGAAGACCUCGACGAGAUGGCUGAUGACGAUGUCGAUCUGUUCCGCGAGGGCUUCGAGGGAGACUACAGGUCUAAGGAGGACGACGCCUACGAGGGUGUUGGCAUCGACGACGAGGGUGAUUACGGCGACAUGGACCAGGCUGCCAGGCGGCAGCUCGAGGCACAGCUUAACCGGCGUGACCGCGAAGUCGCUCGUCGCCAGAGAAUCCCCGCCGCCUUUUUGCCCGGCGACGAUGAGGAUGGCGACAUCGACCUCACAGCCCAACCUAGGCGUCGCCGCCACCACUACGACGAGGACCCAGAUGAGGAUAUGGAUGCCGACGUCAUGGACGAGGAACUGUCGCUCGAGGCCCUGGGAGAUGUCAAGGCGUCGAGCCUGACGGAGUGGGUGUCGCAGACCGCAGUGCAGAGGACCAUCAAGCGCGAGUUCAAGGCGUUCCUGACGUCGUACACGGACGCUUCCGGAUCCUCAGUCUACGGCAACCGUAUCCGCACCCUCGGUGAAAUCAAUGCCGAGUCUCUCGAGGUGUCGUACGAGCACUUGUCAGAGAGCAAGGCCAUCCUGGCAUACUUCCUUGCUAACGCGCCCUCGGAGAUAGUCAGCCUCUUUGACGAGGUGGCCAUGGACGUGGUGCUGCUGCACUACCCCGACUACGAGCGCAUACACUCAGAGAUCCACGUGCGCAUCUUUGAUCUGCCCGUGCACUACACGCUGCGCCAGCUGCGGCAGUCGCACCUUAAUUGCUUGGUCAGGGUGAGCGGCGUGGUCACGCGCCGCACCGGCGUUUUUCCGCAGCUCAAGUACGUCAAGUUUGAUUGCACCAAGUGUGGUGCCACGCUGGGGCCCUUCCAGCAGGAAUCCAACGUCGAGGUCAAGAUCAGUUUCUGCCAGAAUUGCCAGUCGCGUGGGCCCUUCAACGUCAACUCAGAAAAGACGGUUUACCGUAACUACCAGAAGCUGACGCUGCAGGAGUCGCCCGGCACCGUCCCCGCCGGUCGUCUCCCUCGCCAGCGCGAGGUGGUGCUCCUGUGGGACCUCAUCGAUAAAGCGAAGCCUGGAGAGGAGAUUGAAGUGACGGGCGUGUACCGCAACAACUACGACGCACAACUCAACAACCGCAACGGCUUCCCCGUCUUCGCCACCAUCCUCGAAGCCAACAACGUGGUCAAAACGCACGACCAACUGGCUGGCUUCCGUCUGACAGAGGAGGACGAGCAGGAGAUCCGCCGCCUGUCACGCGACCCUAACAUUGUCGACAAGAUAAUCAACUCGAUGGCGCCCAGCAUCUACGGACACACGGAUGUCAAGACGGCCGUGGCUCUCUCCCUGUUUGGCGGCGUGGCCAAGACGACGCGGGGUUCCCACCACGUGCGCGGCGAUAUCAACGUGCUUCUGCUUGGUGACCCCGGAACGGCCAAGUCGCAGGUACUCAAAUACGUAGAGAAGACUGCACACCGAGCCGUCUUCGCGACGGGUCAGGGAGCUAGUGCGGUCGGUCUGACGGCCAGUGUUCGCCGCGACCCGCUGACAAGCGAGUGGACUCUGGAGGGCGGCGCGCUCGUGCUUGCCGACAGGGGAACGUGCCUGAUUGAUGAGUUUGACAAGAUGAACGACCAGGACCGCACGUCUAUCCACGAGGCCAUGGAGCAACAGACUAUCUCGAUCUCCAAGGCGGGUAUCGUGACGACACUUCAGGCCCGGUGCGGCAUUAUUGCUGCCGCCAACCCCAUCGGCGGCCGAUACAACAGUACCAUCCCCUUCUCCGCCAACGUCCAACUCACGGAGCCCAUCCUGUCGCGUUUCGACAUCCUCUGCGUCGUGCGCGACACAGUUGAGCCCGAAGAGGACGAGCGUCUGGCCCGCUUCAUUGUCGGGUCUCACAGCCGCAGUCACCCACAGCAGCAGUCGCAGCAGUCCCAGACCCAACAGGACUCCAUGGAUGUCGAGAAUCCCUCGGAACAAACGCAGACGGAUACGCUGGCGUCCUCCAAGGUACAGGAGGAUGAAGUGCCCCAGGAGCUUCUGCGCAAGUACAUCCUGUAUGCUAGGGAGCGUUGCAGCCCGAAAUUGUACCACAUGGAUGAGGACAAGAUUGCCCGUCUAUUCUCCGAUAUGAGGAGGGAGUCGUUAGCAACGGGAGCGUAUCCCAUUACAGUCCGUCAUUUAGAGGCCAUCAUCCGCUUAUCGGAAUCAUUCUGCCGCAUGAGACUCUCAGACUACUGCUCAGCCCAGGACAUUGACCGUGCCAUUGCCGUCACGGUGGACAGCUUCGUUGGCAGUCAAAAGGUCAGCUGCAAGAAGUCUCUUGCCCGCGCAUUCGCCAAGUAUACCCUUGCCAGGCCGGGAAAGGGUAGAGGUUCAGGUGGGAGGAGGCCGGCUGCUGUCAUGGCAUAG